UUUUUUAUCUUUUUAUCAAAAUUAUUUAUAUCUCUACAUUCAACAGUGGUCGAUCUGACGUUCCAUGUGUUACUAACAGGCUUUUUCGAGCUGUUUUAGUAGGAACAUUUUGCAAUCCUAGCCAUGCGUUCAUCCGCUGUUUUACCACAGCUUUUACUAGUAUCUUCAUCAGUCUUCACGGCUGUAAAUGCAAGAGCUGUUUUCGCUCAUUAUUUGGUUGGAAAUGUUUUCGAUCAGGAUGCUCAAACAGACAUCGAAAAUGCUAUGUCUAUGGGUCUGGACGCAUUCGCCUUGAAUGUCGCAGAUCCAUCGGCUUCGUAUGUCGCCCCAGCUCUCGCCUCCUUAUUCAACCACGCGGAAAGUAGCGGAUUUAAACUCUUUUUGAGUAUGGACCUUGAUGCAAAAGGGGGCGGGCCACUGUCGGAUUAUGGCUAUAUCAUCGAUACAUACGCUGGUGGCGGCGCUUGGUUCGCAGGGGAUAAUGGAAAACCCCUUGUCAGCACAUUCAGCGCUGCUGCUUACCAGGCUUCUGAUAUUCAAGCUUUCAGGGAUGCUUAUGACGUUUAUUUCGUGCCAGAUUUUGACAAUACUGAUGGAUACUAUACUGCUUCUGAUGGAUGGUGGAGUUAUUGGGGAGGACUUGUUGACGGCCUCUUCAGCUGGGAAUCGUCUUGGCCACAAGUUGACGCUACUAAUGAUGGAGAUGUAAGCCUAGACGUAACUGUUUUGAACGGUGCUGUGGCCCAUUCGAAGUCAUACAUGAUCGGACUGAGUCUUCUCCAGUAUAAGGAUGCGUAUGGCACAAAUAUUUACCGUCAUGGCGAACAGACUCUUCCCAUUCGGAUGGCUAACAUUCUUGCAAUGAAUCCUGCCCCACUAUACGUGGAAAUCAUAACAUGGAAUGACGGACCAGAGGGCCACUACAUUGGGAAUCUUUGGACAGAACAGAAUUCGGAUGUCCAACCAGAUACCUAUGCUAGCCAACGUGGCGCUGCGCACACCGGUAUCCAGCCCCUCUUGACAGAAUUCAUCAACUCUUUUCGCAACCUACAGACCAGCUUUCUACCAUCAGCAAACCCAGUCGGCGCAAUCUGGUACAAGACAAUCUUGCAGAGCACCACAUGCCCUGACGACGACUUAGGCGGGUUCUACAGUCCACCGAACGGUGCCUCUGUAGGGUUAGAUAACAUCAACUGGGCCGUCGUCCUGCCAUCAGACGGUGCUAGCUACACUAUCCAGUUUGUUAGUAACGGCGGCGCAGUCGGAGGCACUAUCACUGGCAAACCUGGGUUUCAGCAUGGUGCUGUGCCAUUGUCGGUAAAUGCGCAGUAUAUGAAGAUCGUGAAUAGUGCAGGAGUCACGGAAUAUUCGACUGGGCUGGGGAGAUGUGUGUCUUCGGAGUGCUUUGAUGAUAUCUACAAUUACAAUCCCCAGGUUUUGGGAUUGGAGCAGGGUGAUCAUGCUACCGUUGGCUGUUGGGAGAUGACGCAGCAGGCAAGCGCGUCUUCUGAUGGGGCCACAACUGGGCCUUUCUAUCCUUCUGGAAUUUGAUAUGAUGACCACUUUCAAAGUCUUUAAUUGGGCAGAAAGUUGAUUAUCAUGCUUUUAAGAUUGGACUUCCUUUAGGUAAAAUAUA